GAAAUGUAACACACCUUUAAUCUGUAGAAAUUGAACUUUUCUUGAGUCAAGAUUUUGGUAUUUAUAAAAAUUUGUUUUUACGUGAAUGAAAAUUAUUAGAAAUAUUUCGGUAAAAUGAAUAAUACCAGUAUACAUGUACAAAUUUAUAAAAGCGACAAAUGUAUUUAUGAAAAGAAUAAUAGUGUAGAUGCAAGUAAUCUGAAUCACUUAAUUUCUUGUUUGAAUGCCACACAAAUUGAAAUCAAUGAUUUUUUAACUAGCCUCGUUGUGGAACAAGGCAGUUCUAUUGAUACAGGAAUUUUAGAUCGGCUAGCGUCGGAAAGCGAUUCGGAUUUCGAAAACGAAGUUGAAGUUAACCCUAAAAAAUCUAAACUAACGGACUAAUAAUUUUGUACAACAUGGCUACCUUACUCACAAAUGAAGCAAAACUACGCUAUAUAAUGGAAUGGUUUCAAGAAUGGUCUGAAAUGGAAAAAAAUGACUUUCUGGAUGUACUUAUCGAAGAAUGUGGACCUCCGAAUCUUGUUCAUAGAUUGUUAUCUAAGAUGAAACAUUUAGCAAAAGUUGUAGAAGACAAACCAACUCUGUUUCGAUGUCGUAUAAAACUCUUUCGACAAUGGACUCAUAAUUGGUCUCAGCAGGAAAAAGACCAUUUACUUUCAUCAAUCAAAAACGCUGAUGCUGCAUUUGCACAAAAA